AAAAUAACAAACAAAAAAUAGAUGAUAACAAUACAUUAUCGACAAUGAUAAAAAAUGGAUAUGUAAACAAUUUGAAUAUAAAAGAUUAUCUAAGCAUUAUUAAUCCACAAUAUAAUGAAAUUUGUCCAAAAAAAUAUCUGAGAAGAGUUAAUAAAACAUUAGAUUUAUCAUAUUUAGUUACAGAAAAGGACGGUAAAAAUUUUGUUAAUCUGAUAAUCGAUGAUCUUUCCAAAAAUAUGACCUUUGUAGCUGAAGCUAAUCCUGGAACAGGUGAAUUGACAAAAAAUUUAUUAGAAGCUGGUAUUAGAAAUGUAUACGUAUACGAACCGAACGAAUGUUUUUUUCCUGUAUUAAAUAAAUUGCAAGAAAAAUAUCCUAAUAGACUUGAAAUAAGAAAGGGAAAUAUAUUACAAAUGAGCAAAUUGUAUUUCAUGGAUCUGCAGGACAAUAAGCAAAGAAUAAAUGAAAUAUUAAAAGAUGUACCGUAUACAUCUUGGGAAGAUAAAUCUUGUAUGCAAGUUAUAGGAACAACGAUGGAUAACGUGCUUUUAAAACAUUUAAUAUGGUGUGUAGUAUUUCGAACUAGCUUUAUGUCAAGAGGAAGAACAUCUUUUUAUCUUGCAAUAAAACCAUCAGUAUGGAAUAUAUUAAUUUAUCCUCAAAAUAAAGCUCGAAUGCAUUUUUUUUAUAUUAUGUAUCAAACAUUAUUCGAUUAUAAAGAUUUAGGUAAUAUAGAAAGAUUAUCAUAUAUACCAUGGCCAAAACACUCAUUGAAACAAAACUCUAAAAAUAAUGAUAACAAAUUCUUAAAUGUUGUGAAAAUAGAACCAAAACCAUAUCUUUUUAAUAAUGAACUGAAACCAAGCCAAACAAUAUCUUAUUGGUAUUUUGUAAAAUACCAUCUUAAAUCAACUAGUCAAAGAGUAAUACCUGAAUUAGAAAAAUGGAUACCAGGAUGUGGAAUAAGAUUAAUAGAAAAGAACUACAAUAUAUUUACCCGUUUUGUAGAUUUAACGCCUAUUGAAUUUUUAAAUCUCUAUAAAGAUUUCACAUCAUGGCCAGAAUAUGAAAGUAGUCUCUUUUUAUCCAGUGCAUAUAGCUACAUACAAAUCGUGAAUCGAAACAUAGGACCCGGCGAUGUAUUAAAUCUUAAAAAUGAAAAUAAUUCAAAUAAGUGAUUAUUAUAUUUUAUAGAUUUUCAUUGUUUAUACUAAUUUAAAUAAAAAUUAAAUAUGUUAUAAAAAGUAUAUAU